AUGCGUCGCUGGAGCUUUGAUCGCUGUUUUGAAUGUGUCCGUCAGGGGAGAGAUCAAUCCUGUCUCUGCUGCAGCGACCGGGCCUGGGCGGUCGCCUUCAGGUGCCUCUGCCAGUUCGUGGGGCCCGUGAGAAGAGGGAAGCUCUUGGGGGCGUUGCUGCUCAGUGCUGCUCUGGCCGCGGGAGGCUCUGCGGCCGACGGUCAGCAGUGCAGAGAGGGAGGGCAGGCUACAGAAACUGCUAGCUUGGAAGAGCAGUUGCAAGGAUGGGGAGAAGUGAUUUUGAUCACUGAUAAAGUUCUUCGCUGGGAGAGAGCCUGGUUUCCUCUGGCGCUGAUGAGCGUUGUUUCCUUUUCUUUUCUGAUGAUCUACUACUUGGACCCAUCAGUUCUUUCAGCUGUCUCCUGUUUUGUUAUGUUCCUCUGUUUGGCUGAUUAUCUUGUUCCUGCUCUUGCACCUAGAAUUUUUGGCUCUAAUAAAUGGACUACGGAACAGCAGCAAAGAUUUCAUGAGAUUUGCAGCAAUUUGGUAAAAUCUCGUCGCCGGACUGUUGGAUGGUGGAAACGUCUCUUCACACUGAAGGAAGAGAAGCCUAAAAUGUACUUCAUGACCAUGCUUUUUUCUCUUGCUGUGGUUGCCUGGAUUGGACAGCAAGUUCACAACCUGUUCCUGACCUAUCUUAUUGUAAGUUUCUUCUUGCUGUUUCCUGGACUAAACCAGCAUGGUAUCAUUACAAAGUACAUUGGAAUGGCAAAAAGGGAGAUAAACAAACUUCUCAAGCAUAAGGAAAAUAAAAAUGAAUGAAGAGUUUACUGCUGUUCACUCUUGUAAAAGGUUUCCUUGGGAACAGUUUUGAGAAUUAACAUAUAAUUAAGAUAAUAGAAGUUGUAUUGCUCACUGGCUUUUUUUAUUGGCUCCCUGAUGAAGUGAAAAUGUCACUCUAGCAACUGUGGUGGGUUUGUGUGUCUUCUUGCUGUGCUGACUGGGGUUCUGCAGCCUGCAGCUGAUCUUCUGUGAAAGAUCCUGACCUUGAUGUAUGGAGCUUUGUAAAGUGUCUUCACCAAACUAAGAGGCCCUGUAAAUAAGUACCCCUACUCAAGAAACAUCAGAGUUA